UUUAUACGUAGGUGCGUCUGGGAAUCCUAUUUUCUAUAACGAAGCCCGGCUUAGAGACCAUUUCCUGGUGUUUUUCGCCGGUGUUUAUGACAUUUUGGACGAUGUUGUUUAUCUGUAGUAAGGGCGGUCUUGAAACCGGCUUCCCUUGCCCCAUUUCCUCGGUUGUUUUCCUCCUCGCGCCUGGAUUCUCCAUGUUGUUGGUGCAAAAAACUGAGGACGGUGGACAUCAAGGGAAACCCGAUAAACUCCCCAAAACACACCGCGCCUCUUACCCGAGUGCCUUCCUCGAGAGGAGCCCAGAAAGGAGGAGAAGAAGCGGCUAAACGGUUGCUGUGAGGCGCGCCUGCGGAUAAGCAGAGUUGCUGUCGGUGAAUAAUCGAGUCUGUUUGUUUGUCAAUAAAAGCCAAUGAGGGAUGCCCGUCGGUGCGCGCGGACACCGUUUGAGGCUUGUGAGGGCUCCGUGAUUGUCAGAUGGAAAGUUCUGUUAUCACCCAAGUGCAGAAAGAAGACCUCCAAGUGUCAACGAAAACAGGGCAGGUGAGCCGGUCUGCCCUGAAACAGCCACGGAGCUGUAACAUCUUCAAAGCACUGUUGUGUUGCCUCCAAGCUCAGGAUGGCCCCAAACCACCACCAAAACCAUCGCCACCUUCCCAGCAGACCUUGCUGGAGUCACAGGAAAAUGGUGCGGUUGUCAAGUAUGAACCCAGCCUCCUGCCUGAGGUGAAGGUCCAGGACCAAGGCAAGAUAUGUGUGGUCAUAGAUCUGGAUGAGACUCUGGUGCACAGCUCAUUUAAGCCCAUUAGUAAUGCAGACUUCAUCGUUCCAGUGGAGAUAGAGGGGACCACACACCAGGUGUAUGUACUGAAGAGGCCGUAUGUGGAUGAGUUCCUGCAGAGAAUGGGAGAGUUGUUUGAAUGUGUGCUGUUUACAGCCAGUCUUGCCAAGUAUGCAGACCCAGUAACGGACCUGCUGGAUCACUGUGGUGUAUUCCGAGCCCGAUUAUUCAGAGAAUCAUGUGUAUUCCACCAGGGCUUCUAUGUGAAAGAUUUGAGUCGGUUGGGCAGAGACCUCCACAAGACACUCAUCCUGGAUAACUCUCCUGCCUCUUAUAUCUUUCAUCCUAAAAAUGCUGUUCCUGUGGUGUCAUGGUUUGAUGAUGUGGAUGACGCUGAACUGCUCAACCUUCUGCCUGUGUUUGAAGAACUAAGUCAAGCUGAUAACAUAUACACACGACUAGACCAGCUUAGAGGACAUUAGUCCUAAAUGGACAUGCUGAAAUAUGGUUAGAACUGCAACCUGAAAUGUCUGCAACUAUAAUAGUUGUAGAAUAGAUACUUGGGUGUUUUUGUUUGUUUUGUUUUUGGAACCAGCAUCUACAGACUAUUUGGAAAAUUGUAAUUCUGCUGAGUCUGUGAAUUGCCAAGUGUUUGACAUACAAAGUCUGUGGUUUUAAGCCAAACUGUAGACUCCAGUCUGAGGCCUUGUCGCUGAUGCUCAGUGCUGACAAACAGUAGUGAACACCAUCCAAUGUCCCACAACCAAUUCAUUAAAACUCCGUUCUCGCUUUCAUGGAUAUGGAUCCCAAGGUUUAAAUUCUUGUCUUCAACUUGAAAAAUCUUAAAGGGUUUGGGAGCGCAACCUCGGCGAACCAUAUUCCAUCUUUGCACUCUGGUCUUCUUUUAACUGUGGCUGGACAUGUAAAAAAAAAUCUUGUUUUUGUUGUGAUCUUUGACAUACUUUGAUAAAACUUUGCAUUUCUGUUGGACCCAAAACGUUGUUGUACCUGUUGUAACAUCACUGGGGGGUUUUCUGUACUCACCUCGGUGUUAAUGUGUUAGCAUGGGCACUCUUCUGUUGUGGGUUCAGGAGUAGAGAAAUCCACUGGUCCAAAGAUAUGGACCAGUAACUUUUGACCUAUGUCUAGUUGAUAUUUUCCCCUGCUAGACAAAUGUCUAGUUAAAAAUCUUGUCAGUCUAGUGAUUAAAAGUGUUCAGCAAGACUGACAAAUUUUUUUCAAUGUUGCGCCUUAAAUAACUGAGCUGUUGUUCGCAGAUUACACUGACCCUCACUGUGUUACUCAGUCACACCAUGGACUUCAUGAAUGAAGCUCAGUCAACAAAUGAGAAUCGUGUAAAAGUAUACGGUGUCCACGCGCUACUUUUAUCUUAAAUACAACGUCUGUAACAGGAGCAGCGCACAGAAAGAGUAGCAGAGAAGAGCUGGUCCAGACAGACUCGGUGAGAGUUACCAUAGCAACACUGCAUGUUGCUAUGGUAACAUAGCAACAUGCAUAUGCAUAUAGCACACAUAAAAAGUUAACUUAGAUCAAUUGUUGUAUUUUGCUACAAAAUCUGAAUUUGAUGUGAAAUAGUAACAUGAUUCACCUCAGCAAUCAUAAAUUUUUGAUCAUACUAGUCUCAGAAGCAAUAGAUAUAAUUGUUGGCCAAAAAAAAAAUCAGAGAUAUUAAAGAGCUUACACAGCUGUUUGGCCUUCUCAAAAAAUAGUUCCCUAAACAUGUUUUUUGUUUGUUUAUUUUGUACGCAUCACAUGGUACAAGCUUAGUGCAUUACAUCAUAACAUGGUACGCUAGAUCAUAUGCGUAGGAAACCGUGACGAUCACAUGCCAGAAUGCAUAUCUGUGAAAGCGAGAACGGUGCUAAAUUAUGAUUAUUAAAGCAGUUAUUUGUGGCUUUCCUGCCCUGACUUCACACACUGGUUGUGAUCUGGACCAGCCACUUAUUUUCUUUCACUGUGAGAUCAGAUGUGUUUCAAAAAUCUGCCUUGAGACAUCAAACGUCUAUCCUGCUGAUAACCUGAUAGUUUUGGCAGAGGUGCGUGUGGUCUGAGUGGCCACAGUUUUACAUUAUUGUGCCUUUAAAGAACAACAAGAAAUCAGAUUUUGAAAUUUCAACAGAUUUUAUACAUUUGUUUUAAUUUUCUAUACUUUCAUAAGGAAAUCUAUUUUUAAAUGGUUAACAUGGUUUUUCUAUGUAAAAUAGGUCUGUAAUGGCAUGGACAGCACCCACUGAGUAGCCCAACAGUAACUAUAAACAUUAGCCUUAUAUUUAUCUUUAAAUGAGCAGCUAAACAAAUGUCUUUUACUCGUUUGUGCUUUAUUUUGAGCAUUAUAAUUUCCAUAGGAUUGAUAUUACAGUCAGUGUCAGAUUGAUAGUUGUCAGAGUGGCUCAGUCUUUCCUGCAGAAUUUCUUUAAAGACUGAGAGCAGAGACGCUGGAAUAAGUUGGUACACAGACUGAUCAGUAAUGCCUCAGUUUUCAGUUUAGUUUUAAUAAUUGCUCUUAUGUUUUUUAUUGCUUUAUGACAAAACUUGUGAUUGUGUUAUAGUGACAGUCCGACAACUGAAAACUGUGCCUUUGAAUUUCAGAGAAUAGUGCUUUGCUUAAACAGAGAUUAUAUGCCUACACACUCUGAUGUGUCAUGCUGAGCAUGAGAAAACACUGUCAAGAGCAAGUGUAAUGCCAUGUGGCUGUGGUACUUGCAGCACAACACUUCAAAAUGUCACAUAAGAUGUUUUUAAACUAUGUGAGACUUUUUUAUAUAUAUAUUUAUUGGCCAAACCCUGUAUUGUCGAGUACUUAACAUUUUGUAUUUCAGUCAUGUCUACUUUGAGGCUGCUGUUUUGUUUAACCAUGCCAUUGUAUCUGUGUCAAAAAACUUGUAUUUUGGACGCAGGUAAUUCAAUAGAUUAUAAUAAAUCAAAGAGCCCAAAAUUUAAGAUGCAGGCAUCAACAAGGUUGUGUUUGUGUUAGCUAUUCAUCAGCUGGAUAUUGUGGUAUUUGUACGAGGUUAAAUGUCUGAUGCAAUUCCAGGAUAUUCGUCAAUAAAUUGACACAAAAUCAAAAAUAUGUACAAGGUGUGGUGGCCAAUAUAUCGAGAGAGUUACAUUUUGUCUGUUUUGCAAUAAAAA